AUGGACGGGCCAUCACUUCCACUCCCUUUCCCCAUAAUCACCUCUCCUCGAGCAUGUGCCUUUGUGGUUCUUUGGUUCUGGCCGGAUCUCUCCCCCUCCACUGCUCUUGUUGCUGCUCCUCCCCCAAACCUUGCCUACUCCCCUUCCCUGCUUCCCGCCUUGCCUUCCCACACCCAUUCCUUCCCCACCUUUCUUGUCCCCCACCCUUGCCCCUGCCCUCCCUCCUCCUCCCAGGUGAGCGCCUCCCCUAGAGCAUGUGCACGUGAACGCCUCCCCUCGAGCAUGUGCGCGUGUGUACCCCUGUCGGGUGAGCGCCUCCCCUCGAGCAUGUGCGCGUUUGUACUUCAGUCGGGUGCAUCAAGGCAUCAUCUGGUGAACGCCUCCCCUCGAGCAUGUGCGCGUGUGUACCCCUGUCGGGUGAGCGCCUCCCCUCGAGCAUGUGCGCGUGUGUACCCCUGUCGGGUGAGCGCCUCCCCUCGAGCAUGUGCGCGUGUGUACCCCAGUCGGGUGAACGCCUCCCCUCGAGCAUGUGCGCGGGUGUACCCCAGUCGGGUGCAUCAAGGCAUCAUCUGGUUCUGA